GCUCCAAACUCUCCCUCUACAACUCCUACUAGCUAGCAGCAGCCUACUCGCUCCCCCACGUAGGCCUGCCACUCUACCACCCAGCCAUACGGCUACUCGCUGUCACCGAGCCGGCAGCUGCUGCGGCGCCAGUGCGCGCAAAGCCGCCGAGCCCGAGAAACCAACCGAGAACUCCUCUUCUCUUCUCUUCUCCAUCUCUCCCCCACCUCAUUAAUACACACUUCACUCCUGCACCAGUCGCUGCCGCAGCACGCGAGCUCCGUACUUGCUGCCCUCCUCUGAGCCCCUCUCUCUCCCUCUCUCUGUGUUUGUGUAAAUGCCACUGCCCGGACUUUGAGCCGCAGCUCGGCAGCGACCAUGGCGACGACGGCGGCGGCGUCCGGCGCCCUCAUUGCCAUCCUUCUCCUCCUCGUCGCUGGCGCCGGCGCCGUCGGGGACGACGGCUCGACGCUCCUGGAGAUCAAGAAGUCCUUCCGCAACGUCGAGAACGUGCUCUACGACUGGUCAGGCGAUGACUACUGCUCCUGGCGCGGCGUCCUCUGCGACAACGUCACCUUCGCCGUCGCCGCGCUAAACCUGUCCGGGCUCAACCUUGAGGGCGAGAUCUCCCCGGCCGUCGGCAGCUUGAAGAGCCUCGUCUCGAUUGAUUUGAAGUCGAAUGGGCUUACCGGCCAGAUCCCUGAUGAGAUUGGCGAUUGCUCGUCGAUUAAAACACUUGAUUUGUCCUUCAACAACUUGGAUGGCGACAUACCGUUCUCGGUAUCCAAGCUGAAGCACCUUGAAACCUUGAUAUUGAAGAACAACCAGCUAAUCGGUGCGAUCCCGUCUACACUCUCACAGCUCCCUAAUUUGAAAAUCUUGGAUUUGGCACAGAACAAACUCAGUGGGGAGAUACCUAGACUGAUAUAUUGGAAUGAGGUUCUUCAGUACUUGGGAUUGCGUGGCAACCAUUUAGAAGGAAGCCUCUCUCCGGAUAUAUGCCAGUUGACCGGCCUUUGGUACUUUGAUGUGAAGAACAACAGCUUGACAGGGGAGAUACCAGAGACGAUUGGGAACUGUACGAGUUUUCAGGUCUUGGAUUUGUCUUACAACCAGUUCACUGGAUCAAUCCCGUUCAACAUUGGUUUCCUCCAAAUUGCUACACUGUCCUUGCAAGGAAACAAAUUUACUGGUCCUAUUCCCUCAGUUAUUGGCCUUAUGCAGGCACUCGCAGUACUGGAUCUGAGCUACAACCAGUUGUCUGGUCCUAUACCAUCAAUACUAGGAAACUUGACAUACACUGAGAAGCUAUACAUGCAAGGCAAUAGGUUAACAGGGACAAUACCACCAGAGCUUGGGAAUAUGUCAACACUUCAUUACCUAGAACUUAACGAUAAUCAACUUACUGGGUCCAUUCCGUCAGAGCUCGGAAAGCUUACUGGAUUGUAUGACUUGAACCUUGCUAACAACAACCUAGAAGGACCAAUUCCCAACAAUAUAAGUUCUUGUGUGAAUCUCAAUAGCUUCAAUGCUUAUGGCAAUAAGUUAAAUGGGACCAUUCCACGGUCGUUGUGUAAACUUGAGAGCAUGACCUCUUUGAAUCUCUCAUCAAAUUAUUUGACUGGCCCUAUUCCUAUCGAGCUAUCACGAAUCAACAAUUUGGAUGUCUUGGAUUUAUCCUGUAACAUGAUUACGGGUCCAAUUCCAUCAGCCAUUGGCAGCUUGGAGCAUCUAUUGACACUUAACCUCAGCAAGAAUGGCCUGGUUGGAUUCAUCCCUGCAGAGUUUGGGAACUUGAGGAGUAUCAUGGAGAUUGAUUUGUCCAAUAACCACCUCGCUGGUCUGAUUCCUCAAGAAAUUGGAAUGCUGCAAAAUCUGAUGUUGUUAAAACUGGAAAGUAACAACAUAACUGGGGAUGUCUCUUCACUGAUGAACUGCUUCAGCCUAAAUAUCUUAAAUAUAUCGUACAAUAAUUUGGUUGGUGCUGUCCCUACAGACAACAACUUUUCACGGUUUUCGCCUGACAGCUUCUUGGGUAAUCCUGGACUUUGUGGAUAUUGGCUUGGUUCUUCAUGCCGUUCUCCCAACCACGAAGUGAAACCACCAAUCUCAAAGGCCGCAAUACUUGGCAUUGCUGUUGGUGGUCUUGUUAUCCUCCUGAUGAUUUUAGUAGCUGUUUGCCGGCCACACCGGCCUCAUGUUUCCAAAGAUUUCUCUGUAAGCAAACCAGUGAGCAAUGUCCCCCCCAAGCUAGUGAUACUUAAUAUGAACAUGGCCCUUCAUGUCUAUGAAGACAUAAUGAGGAUGACUGAAAACUUGAGUGAGAAAUACAUUAUUGGUUAUGGGGCAUCAAGCACGGUUUACAAAUGUGUUCUGAAGAACUGCAGACCGGUGGCAAUUAAGAAGCUGUAUGCCCACUAUCCACAAAGCCUCAAAGAAUUUCAGACUGAACUAGAGACUGUUGGUAGCAUCAAACACCGGAAUUUAGUCAGCCUUCAAGGAUACUCCCUAUCACCUGUUGGGAAUCUUCUCUUCUACGAGUACAUGGAAAAUGGCAGCCUGUGGGAUGUUUUACAUGGUCCAUCCAAAAAGAAAAAACUUGAUUGGGAGACACGACUUCGGAUCGCUCUUGGUGCUGCUCAAGGCCUUGCUUAUCUUCACCAUGACUGCAGUCCGCGAAUUAUCCACAGGGAUGUAAAAUCAAAGAAUAUUCUCCUCGACAACGAUUAUGAGGCACACCUUACGGAUUUCGGCAUUGCUAAGAGUUUGUGUGUCUCGAAGACUCACACAUCGACCUAUGUCAUGGGCACCAUCGGCUACAUUGAUCCCGAGUACGCACGCACCUCCCGUCUCAACGAGAAGUCUGAUGUCUACAGCUAUGGCAUUGUUCUGCUCGAGCUGCUGACUGGCAAAAAGCCUGUGGACAACGAGUGCAAUCUCCAUCACUCGAUCCUAUCAAAGACAGCGAGCAACGCGGUGAUGGAGACUGUCGACCCGGACAUCGCCGACACAUGCCAGGACCUCGGCGAGGUGAAGAAGGUGUUCCAGCUGGCACUCCUCUGCACCAAGAGGCAGCCGUCGGACCGGCCGACGAUGCACGAGGUGGUGCGUGUCCUGGACUGCCUUGUGCGCCCCGACCCGCCGCUGAAACCUGUGCAGACGUCGUCCUCGCUGCAGCCCGUCCCGAGCUAUGUCAACGAGUAUGUCAGCCUGCGGGGUGCCGGCGCGCUCUCCUGCGCGACCUCGUCAAGCACCUCGGACGCCGAGCUGUUCCUCAAGUUCGGCGAGGCUAUCUCGCAGAACACGGAGUAGAGCCGCAGGAUCUGCAGAAGUGGUAGUUGCAGGCGUCUGCCGAUGCUGGGAAUCUUGGCGGCGGACGAUGCAGGUAGUCAGAGUAGCGAGUGGAGGUUGCUCACAUUUUGCCUGUCUAGAUAUGUUUGGGUGCCCGGAGAUUUAACAACAAAAAAGACUCGGAACCGGUGGUGUUCCUCACUGUAAAAAUGCCAUGUAGUCUCCUUCCUCUUCUUUUGAGCUCUAACUUAGUAGUACCUAGUAGGUUCUAAUGGAUCUCUUCUCCGGUCGGGUUCUUCUUUCCUGUGAUCUUUCUUUUGGAUGGACUGACUCUACAACACUGCAAUGCCAUUGUGUUUUGUACACCA